AUGUUAGCCCUCACCAGCGCAACAGGCAAACUCGGCAGUGCCGUGCUCAAUGCCAUCCUCGACAACAAGCUCAUCGACCCAAAGGAGCUUACAUCCAGCGACCCUUCCUCCGAGCGCUUCUCCUCCCUCCGCGCCCAAUCCAUCACCCUCCGCCAGGCCAACUUCGAUGACCCCUCCUCUCUCGCCAGCGCAUACAAAGGAUGCACAUCCCUCUUCCUCGUCUCCACGCCCCGCAUAGAAAUGGACUACAACAACGCGCCCCUCUGGCACGGCCGCGAAGCCCACCACCGCGCCGCCAUCGACGCCGCAUUGCAAGCAGGCGUGCAGCACAUCUACUACACCUCGCUCGGUUUCGCGAACCCCUCUAAAGCCGGUGUCAUGCGUGCGCAUAUCAGGACAGAAGCGUAUCUCGCGGACCUGGCGAAGGAAGGGAAGUGCACAUACACGGUUUUGAGGGAGGGAUUGUACAACGAGAGUUGGCCCUUGUAUUUCGGAUAUUACUUUGGGCUUAAAGAGGAGACGAGGAAGGAAGUCAUUGUUGCCGGAGAUGGUAACGUGAGCUGGACGAGUAUACCCGACAUGGCGUUUGGUACGGCGAAAGUCCUUGCAGCGCCGCGCGAGCAAUGGGCUGGAAAGACGUUUUAUCUGUCGCAGAAGAAAACUCAUUCGCUGAGCGAUAUCGCGCGCAUUGUGAGUAAAGUGCGGGGCGAGGAGGUCAAGCUCAAGGUUGUGAGUAGGAAGGAGUAUGAAGAUUACUAUGUGAACGAGAAGGGCAUGGAGAGGCCGAGUGUGGAGUGGUGGAGCAGCACGUAUGAUGCGCUCAAAGACGGCGAAUGCGAGAUUGAUGAUGGGACGUUGGAGGCGUUGCUCAAGGAGGCGGGGAGGGCGCCAAAGCCGUUGGAGGAGACGGUUGAGGAGAUGUUGAGGUAG